UUAUCGCGCCAUUCUCACCCGGAUGUUUAUUGGCGCUGAGAAGGGUACUGUUGAAUUGUUGCAGUGUUCAGUAACAGUAUAGAAAUUCUGUUGUGCUUUUUAACGUUAACCAAAAACCAACAAAUGUUGUUUUAGUGAACUUUGAGGUAUUAUUAACAGAAAGCUCACAUUUUAUAUAAUAGCUGCACAGGUGUUUGACGCUAUUAUAAAACAAGCUAUUGUUUUGACCACUCGAUGUAACGUUAGUUAAAAGCUAGUUAGCUUGUAAGCUAAUAAAUUACGGUUGGUUGACAGUUGUUUAUACACAGUCUGUUUGCCUGUCGUCGGACACAGACUACCUGCGACCCGAAGCAAAAGUAUGAAUAAUACUAAAGCAAAAGCAUAAUCUUAUUGUUUCGUAGGUGCCAGUCGAAUAGUAAGACAGCUUAUUGACGUUAUAUAUUUUAACCGUCCACUAUGUGUUGAAAUAAAAGUGCGUCAUGUAUGGCUGCAAACCAUAUUUUAAGAUUUGCUGACAAAUUGAAGAAAGGACUACCCAAGAAGCAAGUCUGGACAACGCUGUCUAACUCCUCAUUCGUGGUGUCAGCUCAAGUUGUAUUAAUGACUGCAGUGACAGACUUUGAACCUUUAGCAAAGAGACUGAAGAUUGAAACCAGUGCCAGAACGUCCGCUUCAUCUUCUCUCAAAGUACCAUCUUUAUGUCAUCAGAGCAAAGACAAUGAGACAGUAGAUCAAGAAAAAAGACAAAACAACUUAGAGACAAGUAUGGACAUACAGCCAAAGUCUGUGGCAAAUGGUUUGCGAGGUGUAAAGAUUAAAAGUAAUCAUCAAAGAAUCAGCCCUAGACAGCAACAGAAGUUCAAAAACACUCUUGAGCGAUGGUUGGUUAGGCCCUCAAAAAACACAAGUACAGUUGAAAUGUGCCAAACCCAAGAAGAUGUAGAAAUGACAGAUGACAGUGAUUUUCAAAGCACCUCAGCUAAGUCUUUGGACUGCCAAAAUGUUGGAAAACCUACUCUCUCUGACUCAGAUGAAGAAACACAACUGUUGAUAUCACAAGACCUGGAUGGAGACAAUCCUGCAUCACCAGCUUCUAAGGAAAAUCAGGAAACGAAGGGAUGCCCUGCAAGCUUAGAGGGAGCUGUCAAGCACAGUGCCAAAAUAACAGACUUUUUUCCAGGGACCUCAUCUCCAGGUUUAUCUGUGAGACGAGGCGGGCCAGAUGACCUUCCCCAGAAAGAAGAUACAGACAAGGAUCAACGAUCUGCUGUUGUCAAACCUGUUGUCAAGUGGCUGGGGACGCCAAUCAGUGAGCUAAGGAGAAUGCCUGGAUGUAGUGAACCACUUCCACCACUGAAAGAUGUUCCUGGCCAACACACUGUGAUGAUAAGGACGGACCUCCUUCAGAGUGGUGAGGUUCCUGUUCCAUAUCCUACUAGGUUUAAGGAUACCUGGGAUGAUGUCCAUGUCAAGAUGCCCUGUUCGAUUUGGAACCUGUUUCCUGUAGAAGAUGAGGAAACACAAGAACGGCAGAAUAAGAGUCGAUGGGAGUUGAUCAAGGAAACUUUAAACAAGAAAUUUACAAGUCAUUCUGAGUUAAAGAAUGCAAUACUGAAAUAUAAUGCCUCAAAUGCCAAGAAAUGGGACUUCACAGCAUUACAGCUGUACUGCACUAAGGUCCUGGAGCCUGAUGCAUCCGAACAUCUGUUUGACUCCCUACUGCCAGACAUGGUGCAAUUAGCACUGAGAGCAUCUGAGCUCUGUACCAAGCCGAUACCCCUCCUCAAGAGAGGCAUGAACCACUCCAUCACCAUGUCUCAGGAGCAGGUGGCAUGUCUGCUUGCCAACGCCUUCUUCUGCACCUUCCCCCGACGCAACUCCAGAAAGACGGAGUACUGCAACUACCCAGACAUCAACUUUUUCAGGCUGUUUGAGGGGUCCUCGUCAAGGAAGGUUGAAAAGCUGAAAACCCUGAUGUGCUAUUUCAGAAGUUUCACUGAGGAAAAGCCAACUGGACUUGUGACAUUCACACGAAAAAGACUGCAUAAACCUCUUACUUGGAAAAGCUCACAGACUCUGCUCACUAAGCUCCACAUUACUUGUGAAGGGACCAUUGAAGAUGAUGGUUAUGGAAUGCUUCAGGUGGAUUUUGCCAAUCAGUUUGUUGGAGGAGGAGUCACCAGUUCUGGUCUAGUUCAAGAGGAAAUUCGUUUUCUGAUCAACCCUGAGCUUAUUGUUUCUCGUCUCUUUUCUGAAGUCCUGGAUGAUAAUGACUGUCUGAUCAUCACAGGUACACAGCAGUACAGUAAAUACACAGGUUAUGCUCAUACCUACCAAUGGAAUGGCAGCCACCAGGACACAACUCCAAGAGACGGGUGGCAGAGAAGAUGCACAGAGAUUGUGGCCAUUGAUGCUCUGCAGUUCAGGAACUUCCUUGAACAGUUUCGCCCAGAGAAAAUCAACCGAGAACUCAACAAGGCCUACUGUGGUUUUGCUCGCCCUGAGAGUCAAAGGGAAAAUCUUGCAGCAGUGGCCACGGGAAACUGGGGCUGUGGUGUUUUUGGGGGUGACACACGUCUGAAAGCUCUGCUCCAGAUGCUGGCAGCUGCUGAGGCGGGCCGAGAUGUGGCCUAUUUCACCUUUGGUGACAGCCAGCUCAUGACAGAUGUCCACAACAUGCACUGUUUCCUCACUCGGAGGAAGAUCAGUGUUGGACAGGUGUAUGAUCUCCUGGAGCAGUACUACAGCUCAGUGUGCAAGAGCUGCCUCAGUCGGCGCCCUGAUGUCAACGUCUACUCCUUCAUCUACCAACAGGUCAACUCCUCCCUGGCGCCAGAUGACUCCGACAGGGGCUCAGCCAGAUCACACAUCCCCGUAGGCUGCAGUUAAGGUCAGGUGGCUCAUGAGUCACCGUGCCUUAUUGUUGGAAAAUGAAACACAUACCGAAUUGACACAUUAUUAUUGUUAUUUCAAUUUUGUUUGUCAUGAAGACGUUUAAUUAACAGCUUCGGAUAUACUAAAUGUGGUUUCCACCACUGGCAGCUGUAAAUCUCCAUGAAAACCAAGCAUGCAGAUCAAGAACAACUGAACAGCAGAAGGUGAUUAGUUAUGACCCCGUCUGGCUCUGCAGUCCAAGCUGUGUUCAUUUUGCUGCUGCUGGUAAUACGCCAAUGGAUUGAGCUUCAAUAUGCUGCAAUCGUGAUUUUAAUGGUGAAGCAAAGGUUGCCAUCCAUCUUCUCAGUUUGUCAUGUUGCCUUUUUUACACCCACACAUAUCCAGCCUAAUUGAAUUGGCUGUCAGAAAUCAAGUUAAAGGAAAAGAAUAACAAGGACGGGGUUUAGAAAGCUUCGAGUGGUCCUCAGGAAAGCGGUUUGAUUUAAAGAGCACACAGGCUCUUUGGGAAAUAAUCUCUUAUCUUCUGCAUUUAUAGCUAAAUUGUAGUUACAACUGUGGAUCCAUGAAUACAUUUUUUUGGAUUCUUUGCUGUAUGUUGCACAUGCACCAAAGAACCCAUUUGUACUUAAUGAAUUUGGUUUAUUUCUUCCUGUAUUUUGCAACUGAUUUCAAUAUAAAUUUGUUAUUUGUAGAACUAUUUAAUUGUUGUAUAGCCAUGCUUCAGUUAGAAAUGAGAUAUUUUUUCCUGACAGAUUUAGUUUUUCCUAAAUAAAAUCCAUUUUAAAUAAAUGUAAUAUUCAGAUUUUUAAUAUUUGAAUCCACCAUUUGAAUGGAGCCACAAAUAACAGUAAUACAACUAUGAAGAAUGAAGAAUUAGAGCUUCUUGUCCCAUAAGCAAAAUGAGUUUUUACACAGCCUUGCCAUUUAUCUUCAGCUAUUGCUUCACCCUUUCACUCACAGUUUAAUAAGGUCAUACCUUUUAUAUAAACUGUACAUGACACCUCGUUAACUAAAGAGUAGAUCAUAGAACGUCCAAUCAGAGCCAAGCCUCGGGCAGUGUGGCUCCUGGGUGACUGUCUGUGGGAUGAAACUCAUUUGCAUUGACAAAAACCUGUUUUUGACCUUUGGCACUUUGUAUUCGGGUUUGAUGGCAUGAAAUUUGUUUUAAGUUACGUGCGUAUUUUCUGGUAUUUGUUAACAUGUAAAAAUCACAUUUGCACUAUGCUCGCAGCCUAUGAUGAUUUUCUUGAUAGAGUAAUGUGCUGAUUAUUUUCACAAUAAAUUGAAAAAAGCUUUCUUUCCCCAACCAACGGUCCAAAAAACACCCCAAAGACUCUUCAUUUACUUUCAUAAAUGGCAAAAAAGCAGCAUAUUAUUAUAUUUAAGAAGCCAUUUAAAAGCCAGCAGCCAUUUUUGCUUGAAAAAAUAGUGAUUUUUUUGAAGUGUCUAGACUACAGAUUUGAUGAAAGAGGAGAGAAAGUUAUAACACCCUGUUUGAUGCUGAGUGUUUUGGCCUUUAAAUGAAUUUAAAAAAUGGUUUGUUGAUUGUAGUCACAUUUCUUAGUAUUGUAGCGAUUCAUUUUCUGACUUACGGUGUGUUGUCUAGUUACAUGGUCUGCAGUGACCGACAAGUACAAAAACGCUGCGUAUAAUAAAACAGAUGCAAAAGGAAACGUGCAGCACGUUUCUGUAUUUGUCUGUAUAUGUAGCGCUUUUGUACUUGUCGGCCACCGUACAUGGCUAAUAGGCUGCUGUUUGUCAGUUUAAAGAUUACCCAGUCAGCAGGAGUUUAUUGACUAAAUAUUUUUAGUUGAAUGUUAAAUUAGGUUUGUCCCCGGAGCAUGCUGUACUGAAUGGACUCCUGGGAGCCUGUAAGUGAAUGAAUGAGGUGUAGGCGUCUCUAAACUUGGUGCUGUCUGCCUUCAUGGAAUCAGGACCUGAAGCAGGGGGUCUCUCUCUGUGACUUGCUGAGUUCAAUAAAAGCCUUUGGUGGCGUCUCUCCCGAGGGGAUCCACCAUAGACACACAGGGGUAUCCUACUGGAUUGAUCCCUCUGCAGUGAGCCCCAUGUGUCUCUUUGACCUUUUGGCUGCCAUCUGUCACGAACAGUGUUUAGUCUUUUAAAUAUGAUCACACUUUGACAUAUGACUGCAGGGAUGGAAAAGUUUGGUAAAUAAUGCAGUUUACAGACAAGACUUUGAACCCCAUCUUCCGUGAGUAUUCAGUUUCUCUCAAAAAAUUAACUUUUCCCUGUUGAAGAACUAUGUUAUGAAGAAGAACAAUCUGCUUUAUCGACAGUGUAUUUUUUACAUGCACUGAAUUUUUCCUCUGCAUUUAACCCAUCCUUGGUUGAACAGACAUACAACACCCAGCAUAUUACAUGCAGUGGGCUGCCAUGUCAGGCGCCCGGGGAGCAGUUAGGGGAUUGGGCGCCUUGCUCAAGGGCAUCAGCCGUUAAUAACAGAGGAGGGAAAACGUUGAUUAUUCACACAGGGAUUCUGACAAGAAUAAAAGUUUUUCACCUUUCAGAGCUUGUUUUUAUAACUCUGACUGGGCUGGACAGAAUGCUUCUCACUGAAAAUUAUUCCCGGGAACCAUGCAUCAUCAUGCAUGUUAAUAGUGAUAUGUAUGACUGGUUGGAGGAGGCACGUGACCCCGAAGCAAUCAUUCUAAUUUUCAUAUUUUCAGAGAUGAAA